AUGGCCGCGCCCGUGUCGCAGCCGCCGGUGGCCGCCAGGGCGUCCACGCGGUUCCUCCCCCGCAGGAUAGGCGCGCUCCCGGAGUCCGCCCCCGCGUCCCUCCGGUUCUCCGUCGGCCGCCGCCGCCGCGCCGCUCGCCUAGAGGUGAAGGCAUCGGGAAAUGUGUUCGGGAACCACUUCCAGGUUGCAACCUAUGGUGAAUCCCAUGGAGGGGGUGUUGGUUGUGUUAUCAGUGGCUGCCCACCCAGAAUUCCUCUCACUGAGGCAGACAUGCAAGUAGAACUCGAUAGAAGACGUCCGGGUCAAAGUAGAAUAACCACCCCAAGAAAGGAGACUGAUACAUGCAAGAUUCUAUCUGGGACACAUGAAGGGAUGACCACUGGUACACCGAUUCACGUCUUUGUCCCAAACACAGAUCAAAGAGGCGGUGAUUACAGUGAAAUGGCUAAGGCGUAUAGACCAUCCCAUGCAGAUGCAACCUAUGACUUCAAGUACGGUGUUAGAGCUGUGCAGGGAGGCGGAAGGUCAUCGGCCAGAGAAACCAUUGGCAGGGUGGCUGCAGGAGCUCUUGCAAAGAAAAUUCUGAAGCUCAAAUCAGGAGUGGAGAUUUUGGCAUUUGUUUCUAAAGUGCAUCAAGUCGUACUUCCAGAAGAUGCAGUUGAUUAUGAGACUGUAACCUUGGAACAGAUAGAGAGCAACAUCGUUAGAUGUCCUGAUCCAGAAUAUGCAGAGAAGAUGAUUGCUGCCAUUGAUAAAGUACGAGUUAGAGGAGAUUCAAUUGGUGGGGUCGUCACAUGCAUUGCAAGAAACGUCCCUCGUGGUCUUGGCUCUCCUGUUUUUGACAAACUUGAAGCUGAACUGGCAAAAGCUAUGCUUUCUCUUCCUGCAAGCAAGGGGUUUGAGAUUGGCAGUGGGUUUGCUGGUACGGACUUUACUGGAAGUGAGCAUAACGAUGAGUUCUAUAUGGAUGAGGCUGGAAAUGUGAGGACACGAACUAAUCGCUCAGGCGGUGUUCAGGGAGGGAUAUCGAAUGGUGAAAUUAUUUACUUCAAAGUGGCUUUUAAGCCAACAGCAACUAUCGGAAAGAAACAAAAUACUGUGUCAAGGGAGCAUGAGGAUGUUGAACUUUUGGCAAGGGGGCGCCAUGACCCGUGUGUUGUCCCUCGAGCUGUUCCUAUGGUGGAAUCAAUGGCUGCGCUGGUCCUGAUGAACCAGCUCAUGGCGCAUAUUGCUCAGUGUGAGAUGUUUCCGCUGAACCUUGCCCUACAAGAGCCCAUUGGUUCUGCUAGCAGUGCAUCUGAACUGGCACCAAACCUAUCAUAA